CAAUGAAGCGCAUUUACAUUCCCAAGAGAGAAAGCAAAUGCUCAGCGUCGUUGAAAACAGUGUUGACCGCCGUGAUGGCCUUUCUUUUUGGCUGUGUUGUCACGGCAUCGCUUGUUCUGAACCUAAAGGUGACUUCUCUCGAUCCUCAUCAAUCGCACGCAUUAAUAAAUCGGGCAUCAACACCAAAGUUGGCGACACAUCGAAAAACAGAGCUAGAACGGGCAAUUACCCUGUCACUGAACAACACGGGUUCCGAUGUUACAGCAGGCUCAGCGCAUGGCGGGUUGCUGCAUAAUACUAGGAUUCUGGUGGUGAUCGUGGCCUUCGAUUUUUCGCAAAUUCCGCAUCUGGAAGAAGUUCUGGACGGAUAUCACGACAUUGCCGUCGCAGGAGCUACGGUCGAUGUAAUUGUACAUGCUACAGUUCCCUACCCAUGUACCAGUGGAGACGAGGACGGAAACACCGGCAACUUUACCAUAACAAUUGUGCUCAAACCCAAGUCGCUGCGAUUGCAUUUGGUGGAUGAGCAUCGUACAGUAUUUUAUGAAAAGAUCGACGACUACGAUCUCUUCAUCUACACCGAAGAUGAUAUAAGGGUGACUCCCACAACUGUUGACACCUAUUUGUAUGAAACUCUAAAGAUUCAACGUAUCGUGGAGCAGAACCCCAAGCCCGCGUACGCGGCUUCGGACUUUAAUGUUGGUAUUGUGCGUUACGAGUACAACUAUCCCCCCAAUGUACUUAUGGACGAUAAGACGCGACACGCCACACAGAACGUCACCCGCGUUUACUGGGAACAUUCCGGUUUCCAACGCCCAGUAGUCCCCAAUGCCGCCAUGUCUGUUCCUCAGGACAUAUUGACUGUACACGGUUACAUUACCAUGACGAAUCAUCAUCAAGGCAUGUUUAUGGCAACGCGCGCCCUAUUGAAAGCUUGGAGCGAACGAGAACACUGUGCUUUCGAUCGAAUACGCGACCGCCCUGGUAAAGGGUCCCAACCGACCGAGGGAACCCAGCGAGUUUGGAUGAGUUCCCAAAUGCUGUAUGGCCGGAGGCACUGCAACGUCUUCAAACGGGAAUAUCAGCAGUAA